GGCGGAGGGCAGCGAGUCGAGGAAUGUGCGCGCGCUCCCGAGCCUCCCUUCUGCUCUCGCCGGGCACGCCGCCCCGCGCAGACCGGCGUGCGCGCGCAGCCCGCGACAGGUCUGGAAGUGGAGGAAGGAAAACCGUCGGGAUGAUGGCGGAGGGAGAGAAGGAGGCACAAGUUUGAGGCUGGAACACCGGGACCUCGCCAUGAAGGAGCGAAUACACGAUCAUUUUAGCGUUUAGUCGGAGAGGUUCCGCCGGACCACUGGCACCGCCUGUGUUGGGAAAACAGCGUAACGUUCCCCAAACUGUAGCGUAGACGCCGACAACAUGCUGAAGAGUGAGACAAAAGCAGGCGAGAGGAGUCUGAGGAGCGCGUCUCCGCACAGGAAUGCCUACAAGUCUGACUUCCACGCUAUCAAGUGCUCCUUUGAUGGUCCCAAAUCCGACGGCGCCUCCAAAGCAUAUGCAAAUGGCUCCAGUGACACCAGAGAGGACUCCAGGGGGAGGCCGUUUGGAACCAGGGUGAACAAGAUAAAGAACAUUUUCCUACAGAUGGACGGUCAGCAGCAGGAGAGCCAGGAAGUCAGAGCAACGCCGAGGUCUGAUGUCUCCCAGGUGUCUCCGCCAAAGUUUCCGGGCAACACGCACAGACUGAGCUUCACCAGCGCCACCAGCCCUGAGUCUCUCGGCUUGGAUAAGACCCCCAAGGGGGAGGAUGUUGAGAUCGACAAAGUGGCUUUGGCAGAGAAGUUCUCAGUGACCCGGAAGCUCUUUGAGCGGGGCAUCGCUGAGCCACCGGCUGUUGAAAAGCAGUCUUCAAACCGACUGGUCAGUCGGCUGUCGCUGGGAAGUGCGCCUGAAGAGGGGAAAACUGCACAGAAAGGAACGGGAUCUUCAGAGACCGCGGCGACAGCGAGAAGCCGAGCUUCUGAGCAUGGCGAUGGUGAUAAGAGACAUGCCUCAAGAGCGUCUCUGAAUGCAGGACCCAUGUCAAAGAGGCUGGAAAACUUCAUGGGGGAAAAUGAUUCCGAGGACUCUGCCGUGAACCAGCCACUCUCGCCGACAAGGGAAAGCUCGCGGACGCCUCCGAGCAGAGCUGCCACUAACCACUCCCCCAAGUCUCCCGAGAUGAACAAAACCACACACCAGACAUCAAAUGUCAACAAAACAUCAGUUACUAAAGCAGUGUACAAAACCACUUCUCCAGCAGCUGACGACAAACCUGAGAAAAUAGGGAGUUAUAGCUACAAGCGCUCCUCAUCCUGUGAAGGGUUAGGCAGGACGUCUGUGAGUGGGGACGAGGGCAGGCAGUGUAGUCCACCCUCAAGGGACACAAAGAAGAGUCCAACAUCAGUUGCCAAAUCUGAGAAUACCAAAAAAGCGGACCAUGUGGUUCCCAUGAAGGAGAGCGCACCUGCGCCGGCCUCAUUAGAUUCCAGGAAGGUUGGAGUUGUACGCGCUGAGCUCGUUGUGGUGCAGAAUGAAUCGUCCGACGGUGAAGAGACUGAAAACGGCGUUCAUGAUGAAGAUAGUGUAUUAACUGAUAAAAGGGUAACCAAAGAAACGAGAACUUUUUCACCUGAAAAGCAGCUGUCGGAGAGGGAAUCAGAGACUGUGGAUGGAAGUGUCAAGCUACUGCGAGUCAAAGUCGGGAGUCAGGAGGACAUUAUGGUUGGGAAUUAUAACGGUGAGGACAAUCAUGAUGAUGAAGAUGAAGAGGAGGAGGAGGAGAGCGAGCAGGAGGAUGCAUCCUCUCCAACGUUUUAUGGCUUCGAGAAUGCGGCAUUUGUGGAUGACAAAGAUGCUGAUCAGAUUCUCAUGGACGAUGAAGAAGAGGAGGAGGAAGAGGAGGAUGAGCAAAUGGACAGAGGUGAUUAUGAAUAUUGCUACGAGUGCCCAGGGUUGUCUGAUGAAGAUGGGCCACCACCAAAGAGGAAGAUCAAGUUUUCCAAAGAUCCUAUUCUGGUCUUCACCACAUUCUCCAAUGAAGAAUACGACCGACGGAACGAUGACGUGGACCCCGUGGCUGCAUCGGCGGAGUAUGAACUGGAGAAGCGGGUGGAGAAGAUGGAUGUGUUUCCUGUGGAGAUUGAGAAAGGUGACAACGGGCUCGGCAUCAGCAUAAUUGGGAUGGGUGUGGGUGCUGACCAGGGCCUCGAGAAGCUGGGCAUCUUUGUAAAAACCAUCACAGAGGAUGGAGCUGCUGAGAAAGAUGGACGGAUACAGGUUAAUGACCAGAUCGUGGAAGUGGACGGCGUCAGUCUGGUGGGGGUCACUCAGCUAUUCGCAGCUACAGUGCUGAAGAACACGAAAGGCACCGUGAGGUUUUUGAUUGGCCGGGAGAAACCCGGCUCUCAGAGCGAGGUGGCGCGUCUCAUAAGUGAAACACUGGAGCAGGAGAAGCAGCAACAGCAGCACCUGGACGACCCCUAUGAUCACUCCACAGAGGAGGAAGAGCAUUACGAGGAUGAGGACGGACUGGAUGAGAGGAUCCUGGGUUCUAAUUUCUCUCCCGGACGCAGCGUGGAGGUCUUUGAGCUUCCCGAUUCAGAGGCUUUGUUCAUGCCCAACAGCAUGGACAGCUCCCAGAUGGCCUUCAAAUUCAAAGAGCUGCAGCUCAAACACAGCAUAGCUACGGCUGAAAUAGAGCAGCUUAAGGAAAAGCUGCGAGAGUCGGAGGAGGACAAGUCUCUGUGGGAAGCCAGAGAGUCUGCUCUGGAGCAGAAGCUUGAAGACGGCAAUGAGAAGAUCCUGGAGCUGGAGGGCUACUGUCUGGAAUCACAGGAGAUGUGCAGGAAUGUGAACGAGCAGCUUGCUGAGGUCCAGGCCCAGUUCGAGACCCUGGACAAGAAGUACAACAAGGCCAAGAAGCUCCUGAAGGACUACCAGCAGAAGGAAAUCGACUUUGUGAAGAAGGAGGAAGAGUUGAAGAAGAGUCUGGAGGAGAAGGAUAAGUGGUACCAGGAGCAGCUGCAGAUGCUGAAUAACCGGAUCUCUUUGUUGGAGUCCAGCGGAGGUGUGAGUUUGGAGUCCAACCAGGAGUUGGGAGACGGUGAGAUACCCAACAGCCAGGUGACCCUCACGCAGUCCGUCCACUCUCUUCAAGAACAAGAUUGGACCGAGGUCGUGCCAGAGACCGAGCGUUUGGACACCAGCGCUCACAAGGCCAAAGGAGCCUUGGCUCAGAAAGCCAGGCGGCAGCGUCCGUCUCGCAACAGGAUCAAAGAGAAUCUUUCAGUUCCCUCAAGUCCUUCUCAGGACACUGAGGACGAGGAUGAACCUGUGGAGGAGGAACCGGUCAGGAGGAGCUCCAUCCAGGAGAGCCUGUCCCUCCCAGUGCCAGUCUGCUUUCCCGCAAACACGGAAAAAGAAGAGCCCAGUGGAGAGUUGAGAAGCAAGGCCGAGCUUUCCAGCAGCCCGUCACUUUCGCCGUCCCACGCGGAGAGUAUUGGCAGCAGCGGAAGUCCGUCUCUGUCCCCUCAAACCGAGGGUCUGUCCCCACCGUCCCCGGCAGGACACACGCGCAACGCCAAAAAGAAGGAGCCCAAAGGAAAGAAUAAAGAGCAGAAAGAUGAGUCAACUGAAGCUGCAACAGCUGGAAAGCCUAAAAGACGCUUCCCUGAUUUUGGAGGCCUGCGGAAGUCUGGUGGGAAGGGAAAGAAACACGACAAGGAGGCGCUGAGAGUGUCUCUGGACAGCAGAGGUUCCGCAGAGUUGCUGGAGGAGUCGGGAGGCAACCUGUCUCCAGCCGAGUCCAUGACCUCCAUCCAGACCUGCAUGCCCUUCUCCUGGUUUGGAGACAAAGACAGGGAGCGGGACCGAGAGCCGUCCUCGUCCAGCAACAGUCUGCCGUACGUCGCCAGCGAAACAGGCCAUGAGCCAAAUCAGGACCGGAAGAACAAGACAAAUCUCUCCUGGUCCUCUCUAUUCAGUCGCUCAGUAGACUCGAGCGUUUCAGUCAUAGAUGAUUCUAACGCAGCCAGUCCCAGUACAGACACCUCUGGGUUCCUCGCUGAACCCAAUCUGUCUGGGCGCUCGCACACUUUUGUCUUCUCUUCCAGUGAGACGCUGGACGACGAGCCCGUGGUCUCGGGGAAAGAGUAUCAGUGGCAGAACCGAGCCGUUGUUGACUGGACCCACCAGCAGGUGUGCCACUGGCUCAUGGGCAUGAACAUGGACCAGUACACGCCGGAGUUCACCGCCAAGGGCAUCGACGGUCAGCAGCUCCUGCACCUGGACAGUGACAAGCUGAAGGCUCUGGGUGUGUCCAGCCAGAGUGACCGCUCCACCAUCAAGAAGAAGCUGAAGGAGAUGAGGAAGACUCAGGAGAAGCUGGAGAAGAAGAGAGAAAAGGAAGUGCGGCGCAGCGGGAAGCUCCCAGCCAGCACCGACUCGGUCUGCUGAGUCACGUGACAUCGCCGUUGCGUCCCUGUGAGAGACACACGAGUGGAAUGACUUGAACCACUGCACCUGGGGUGGAGCCACACCAGCCCUCCUCACCACCACUGAGCUCGGGGCUGGAGCUGGAGCUGUUGUGACUGCAGGAGAGACGCACAGAGACGGAGCCUGCUUUUUAAAUGUGUGUGUCGGCCUGGACACCUCUUAUGUACAGUUGAGAUUUAUAGAUGCGCUAUAUUGUCUUUUUAAGCUUCAGUGACAAGGUUUUUAAUGUAUAAAGCGUUUUUAUACAUGCGCCUAUGAACUGCAUCACUUUUUCAUUUCUUUAAUAUCAUGACUUUUUUUUUCAUUUUUUUUACUGUCCCACGUUUUUCUACCGAGUAGAAUAGAAGAAGUUCUGCUGAAACAAACGGGACGUGAUGAAGCUGCUGGAGGAGGAAGAUGAGGAAGUAGAAAUGUUUUCUUUUUUUUCAAUUUUCCUCCUGCUUGUAUUAUCCAGAAUGCUUAACUGCACAGUAAAAACUGAAUCAGAGGAGCGUGGUGGGACAAGAGCGAUCAAUAAACACAUUAUUAUACGAUUGGUCCUCGUCUCUUGCUUGAAAAAGGUGUCCAAUAUUUUAGAGAGUGACGGACUCCACAUCGAGUUUUUGGUUGCAGCUGACAAUAGUGUCUGUGUGUGGGGGACUGAAACACCGGUGCUCGUGUAAUGCGAGUAUUACGGUAA